UAUAGUAACAACAUAUCAGUCAGACAACUUGUGUUUUAAAUGGGAAACAAAGAAAAAGCAUGGUGGCAUCUGUGUGGCUCUCCAUAUCCAAACCACGACAACUUCUUGUGUGCAUCCUUUGGAAAGCAACAUCUUUAUUCUUUGUCGCCGAUGGAGCCAAUAAACAGCAGUCUGUCUCCAUCCAGCUCUGAUCUUCCCACUCUGAGAGAUGGUGAGAGUUACCACGUCUUCAUCAGCUACAGCAGCACUGACUACCAGUGGACCCACUCCCUCAUUGAACAGCUGGAGUCCUGCGGCCUGCAGGUCUGCUACCACGAGCGUGACUUCACUCCGGGACGCACCGUGUUGGAGAACAUGUCCGACUGCAUCCAGGAGAGCCAGAAGGUCCUGCUGGUCCUCAGUCCAGAGUUUGUGAGGAGCCGCUGGUGUCUCCUGGAGGCCAACAUGUCUCUGUUCAGAGACUGUCUGGAGAGGAAGCCCAUUGUCCCGGUGCUGCUGGAGCCUGGAGUCUCUAUUCCUCUCCACCUCUGCCACCUCACCUACCUGGAGGCCAACGACCCAGACUUCAAGAACAAGCUGCUCAAGGUGCUGUGCACCCCCAACCAGCAGCUCCAAAGCUCCACUGUGGUUCCCUUCCAGCCUCCCUCCAUCUACAACGGGAAGGUCCUGCAGCCUUUGACUGCUGUUAACGAUGAGGAACUCUACAAAUGGGACUCUGGUCAGUUCAGUGACAUGGAGGUGCCGGACCAACUGCGUCUGAUCAUUGAGGACCACGACAAGUACAGAGAGGCUGUGAGGAUCAUCAACAGAGUCUCUGAAGACAAAGUUUGGCUCCGCCCACUCUGGAUUAGAGUCGUCAUUUACAUCGCUGGUGUAGGAUCUUUCUUACUCCUAGUAGCAUUAUGUAUGUAUGUGACCAUCAUAUUCAAUGUUGGUAAAUUUUUGCCCCAAAAAGUAAACACAUUACCUGUUGGAAUUUGGGUGUUAACACUUUCAAGCCUCUACUGUAUUCCAGUUGGGUUUAUUAUUCAGCUUGGUCUCUGGAAGAUGGAUGAUGAGAAAUAUAUUCUUAAGGAGAUGAAUAAAGCUGUAGGAAAAGCAAACCUGUUGCUCCAUGAGGACAAGGUGUUGAUGGGAUGUAGGUCCAACUCAAAAAUCUAUCUGGUGUAUGUUUCUCUGGACAGCUGCAAACAGGAGUUUGCAGAAACAUUUCCUGAUCAGGCAGAAGAGAUGUUUCAGAGAGCUCUGAUGUUCUUCUCAUCAGGAUACACCUGCAGCCUCGCUAAAAGACACUUCCCCUUUCCUCAGCCCAGCUCCUCUGGUCACCUGGAAGGAAGGGUGUGUUUCUGUCAGUAUGUCUCCCAGCAGCUGAGUAAGAACAAAUGGGAAUAAUAGUGUUAAUGUGCAAUUAAUGAGUCAGUGCUACAACAGCCUGUUUACACAGGGGACACUUUUUGCUCUGGUGCCCAUAACUUUAAUCUCACUAGCAUUUUUUGUUGCAAGCAAAGUUGACUUCUGGUUUCCUUGGUUGCUCCUCUAAGUACCAACAGAAAUGACAACAGGUUAGGAAGGACUUCAAUCAAAAGGUUCAACAAAAUCAACUGUGUAGUCGACAUCCUUGAGAUUUGGAGAAGAGGUCCCAUCAUGGUCUCAAUCACAUCUGUGAGUGUUCAGGGCCUCAUAGUUCUUCAAGCUUAAUAUUAUAAGCUUAAAAUUAUAUCACCAAAAGAAUCAUGAAAAAAUUAGAAGCCUUUUAGAGCUCUAAAUCCAGAAACUGUAUCUCCAAAAACACAAAAUCAGGUCCAUAUCUUUCCCUGGUUUUUGUUUGGAGCUUACAUCAAACGUCCCACUUCUUCUUGUUUUUUGAUAGGUCAUUCAGGGGGGAGUGAAACUAACAGGUGCAGAGCUGAAAAACUUUGUUUGCACUGUGAGGAAAUUUGUCCACUCAGGAUGAUGAGUAAUGAGAUUGCUGUUCUAAACUCCAGUUACUGCUGAAAGCAACCAUCUGAGGCCCUUAUUCGUUUUACUUUUUACAAAUUUUCUCAUUUUCAAUUCAAUCAAUUUUCCCACAUUUUUUGAUUUAGUCAUAUUAACGUCUGUGUUUGAAUACACUGCAAUAAUGACCUUGAUAAUGAGCCAGGCUGAUAAACGAUGGAGCUGAUUUGGUACACAUUCUUACAUUUUACUACUGAGAAACUUCUACAGUUGCAUUCAGAGAAUGAUUUUCCAGGCAAUAUUACACGCAUUUCUUUAAGUUUACAUGAUCCACACAGAUGCCUUUGGGUUCACUUUCUCAUUAAGUCCCUUUUCUCUAAAGUGGGGCAGAGGUAUCAUAAAUCUAACCUGUUAUAUAAUGUUUUAAUAUGUGUCCAGUCUGGGGCUUAGGACAGCCUGAGGUAUAAGAUUCUCUUAUCUGCUGCUCUUUUGACAAAAUUUUGUUGCCCUUUCCCACUGAUGCCACCUUAUCAGAAACAAAGACCUGCUGGAGAUGCGUGCACCGCCAUGUACCACAAAAGAAGAAUCAAUAUUUGCUGUCCUUUACGACACCCAGUAACGGGAUUCAGGAUAUGAAACAGAGACAUGACACUGUUGCCCGAGGGGUCUGUGGCAACAAAUCCUAACAAACAGUAAAAAGACACUGCUGGGAAUAUCACCAACUCUGAGAUCGCAUGUCACUGGGGGUGAUGCCUGGGUCACACUGUGCACAUUCAGUUCUCACCGUGCCUGAUGAGAGGUGGAAAUGUCCUCUUAGCGCUGCAGUUCAAUUAGAACUCAAUUAGGAUGGAUUGAGCGCACAUGCAUGGGGGAAAAAAAGUUCCUCACUGCCAUGUAAUCAUGUUGUGUGCAUGCAUGUUGGAAGUGUAGCGUGGUGGGGUAAUUGCUAACAGAAGCAGCGACAUAAAGAGAACAAUCAGUCUAAUCCUCAGGAAUGACUUUCAUGCGAAUCUAAAUGCUAUUUCUUUUCCACAUUACACAAUAUAAGUGCAUCUGCAUGCUUAUUAUAUAUAUGCUGGAAAAUAUUUCAACAUUAAUGUCUUCUAUAAGGGCAUUCUUAUCAGAGCAACAUAAAUAGCUUUUUCUCACGUGUGUGUCCUAGGCUCGGGGAAUCAUAUACUUUUCUAGAUUGACUUUCACAAAGUCCCUCAUAGCAGGUACUGUUACUCUACGGCAUGUUAUGAAUUUCAAUAGAGUUAAUUAAAGCAUUCCUCCACCAUGGGGCUCAGUAUGGAGACAUGAAAGAAAAACAGCAGAAGGAAAAAAUG